UUGCAAAUCUGACAUUAGUUUGACGUCUUAAAUUAUGAACCGCAAAAUAUACUUAAUGUAAACGGAAUAAACGAUGAUAACACAAAUGAGAUCAGGGGUAACGGUACUCACUGGUCGCGAUCUAUUUCGAUUUUCUAUAUUUUGUGUACGGACCAUGGCGAUCAGACUGUUUGAAGAGAAGGACCACGCUCAGCUGUACUCAAAAUACAGACCGACCUAUCCGGAUAGCGUGUACGAAACAAUCAUGCGCUUCUAUGGACACGGAAAAGAGGACGCUGGUGAUUACACUCUGGCUGUCGACGUUGGGUGUGGAAACGGUCAGAGUUCAUUCCCACUUGUUAAACACUUCAGUCGGGUAAUUGGAUGUGACGUCAGCAAGGAGCAAAUCAAAUCAGCGGUUAAACAUGAAAAAUUGACCUACACAGUUUGCUCAGGUGAAAAUUUAAGUUUCCUACAAGAUGGCUCUGUAGAUCUAUUGACAAUAGCGCAAGCACUUCACUGGCUCGACAGGGAGACAUUUUUUAAGGAGGUUAUACGUGUUUUAAAACCAGGCGGUGUUUUUGCUGGAUAUGGCUACGGCAAUAAUAUUCUGAAUAAUGAGGAUGCUAACAAUAUUGUUAAAAAGUUUUAUAGUUUUACCCUUGGCAAGUACUGGGAUAAGCAGAGAUCCCACAUAGACAACAUGUACAUGGACAUCAAAUUGCCGUUUCAUGAGCAACAAAGGAUUGAGGAUGAGCGAGUAUCAAUCCGACGCACCAUGCCUGUUGAUGCUUACAUUGGGUACGUCUCCACAUGGUCCGCAUGGCAAUCACUGCUGAGAGCAAUUCCAGGGUCCACUGAACUGGGCAAAGUGCAGGAAGGCUUGAAAGAAAUAUACAUGGAUCGAGAGAUGAGCAUAUACUGGCCAGGAUUCCUUCUGCUGGGGAGAAGAUGACCAUGAGACAUGAACUAGAAAAUGGUCUCAUCUUAGUUUGAAGACUAUCCUUAGUAUCCCAUGUUAAAGCCCAACCCACAUAGACAUGUUGUUUAAAAAACUUUGCAAAAAUAACCGCAAAAGGGUCAAAAUAAGGGAAAGGUAUGCCCUGAAGGCUUACAGCGGCUCAACUGUGUUUAUGAUAUGUUAUAUUAUGCUAAAGUCAAAAUAUGUUUGAACCCAAAUGAUGAAGUUUUUAAUUCUGUAUGAAUAUCAUUGAAGAUGAAAAAAUCUGACUAAGUUCCAUGCAGAUUUUGCAAGAAAAUAAAUAUAAUGUUUUAGCAAAUGUUUUCUUUAAUUUAACAUGGGGAGCUAGUUGUGACCCAUAAUGAUUGAUGUUACCCAACAGAGCUGUUUUGAUUAACAAGUUAUGGCCUUUAGCAGGAUGUGGGAAGAACCACAACAAGUGUUCUGUCAAAGCAAACAAUAUCUUUGGAGGUAUAUAUGACUAGGAUUUUAGCAUGUUUCAAUUUUAUUCUUGUUUUUUUGUUUUGUUCUUCAAAAAAAAUAUCAUUGAUCACACAAAGAAAAAAAAACUUUCAUGCAAUUACUUUUGCAAGUUGUGUUCAUAUCACCUUUCUUUGAUAUUAAAUUUUGUUAACUGAAA